AUGAGAGAAUGCCCAGCAACCAUCGAACAGUUCCUUGCAGCAUGUGAAGCAUGGAAUCUUGAGGAAGUACAUCAAGCCGUGGAAGCUGGCUUUUGUGUUGAUGAGUUCGACGAUGACCACGUCACUGGACUGCAGAUGGCUGCUGCAACCGGCAAUAUUGGAAUUGUUCGUGCAAAAUUCAUCUUCACAGUACAGUACUUACUUGAUCGAGGUGCGGAUAUUGAGAAAAGCAAUCAAGUGGGAAUGACGGCGCUUCAUCAUGCUGCCAACAAUGGACAUGCCAAUAUUGUCCGGAUUCUUGUACAGCGUGGUGCCAACUACCAAAAAUUGACGUAUCUUGGCGCGUCAGCAAUGACAUUAGCAGCAGGAAGUGGACACAUAGACGUUGUUAAACUGCUCCUGGAUCUUCGAGUGAAUAUAAAUCCAUCGCAUACAGCGCUUUGUCCGACCCCUACUAUUGCUGCUGCUUUCCGAAAACAUACACAUAUUUGUGCAUUGCUAUCCCACAGAGGUGCUUACAUAGACGCUAACAUUCAGCGCUUAUCAAAUCUAUCAGCUUUGUCAGCAGCCAUUUCAUGCAACGCAAUAACGGUAGUAGGAGCCCUGCUCGAGCUCGGCGCUAACCUUUCAUUUCGAUCACUGAAUGGACUGAAUGCGAUGGAACUUGCGCAGCAGCUCCAUCGAGAUGAAGUGAUCGCUGUACUGAAUUCGGCAAUUCGGAGCGCGCCAAAAGGUGGGUGUCACCAAAUUUUCUCGUUGGAUUAG